GAAAGAGGGGGGAGAGAGAGAGCGAGAGCGAGAGCUCUUUUUUCUUUCAAUUGACUUGUUGAAGAAAUAAAAGGAAGGAAUUACAAGAAGAAAGAGUGCGGAGAGAAGAAGAAAAAGCAUAAGCUUGGAUAUUGAACGGAGCGGGGCAUGUGGAUAUUGGCUCUUAUCUUUUCCCAGUGCAUCUUGAAUGUUUUCUGUGAAGAUCUACGUUCCAGCUUAUAUUUUGUCAAUGCAUCUGUGCAAGAGGUAGUGUUUGCCAGCACCACAGGGACAUUGGUGCCCUGUCCUGCCGCAGGUGCGCCCCCUGUCUCACUGCGCUGGUACCUGGCCACCGGCGAGGAGAUCUAUGAUGUGCCAGGGAUCCGCCACGUGCACCUCAAUGGCACCCUUCAGAUCUUCCACAUUCCCCCUUCCAGCUUCAGCAAACUCAUCCAUGACAACACCUACUAUUGCACAGCGGAGAACCCCUCAGGGAGAAUCAGGAGCCAAGAUGUUCACAUUAAGGCUGUCCUACGAGAGCCCUACACUGUCCGUGUGGAGGACCAGAAAGCCAUGAGAGGCAAUGUGGCAGUCUUCAAGUGCAUUAUCCCUGCCUCAGUGGAGGCCUAUAUCACUGUUGUGUCCUGGGAGAAAGACACAAUGUCAAUCAAUGCUGAAAUUUGUCGUAUCUUCUCUAGUCUACUCAGCGCUGUGCUGGUCUAGCUCAUGGCUGCUGUCUCCGUGGCUCCUGGACCUGGAUGGAAGCCAGGUCAUGCAUGGCUCCCUGCCAAGAUACAGAUUCGCUAUAAGCACAACAUGAGCUAAUCAUGGAAGGAGCCACCAAUUAAUUGGCACUUAGACAUUCUGUAGAUUGUAUGGAUUUGAGGCUGGAUGUUAGUGGAUAUGUAUGACUGGCAUCUUGAUAUAUUCACAUGACACAUAUUGGAAAAAUAAAAAGGGUUGUUGUGUAGUUGCAUGUAUGUUAAGUGCAUCUUUUUUCACUGUAAAACUCAGCUGUAUGGGAAGCACACGCAUGAAAGUUGUUUUGCUAAACUGCAGAGAGGGCUGGGCUGGGGUAGGUUGUGUACAUAUAUUUGAGUUUGUGUGUGUUUGUUUGGAGGAUAUUAGUCCACCGAAAUCCCUCUCUGGGUGGGAGAGAAGGCAAUAUGACAUGGAUGAUGCAUUCAGACCUAAACAUUCACACCUAAACAAGGUGAUAUGAAGCAAGUUACAGUUUUGGUGCAGAAAUGAGGAGCAUUAAAAGCCACUUCUACAGGACAUUAUAAGAGAAGUAUGACGGGACCUUGUAUACAGCACACAGUAACCUUCAGGCAUUUAAGCAAUUUUCAUUUAUAAGUAAAAACAUCAGCAAUAUUAAAAACAUGGAAUCAGACUGAGCGGCAGGUGUGGACAGCCAGAGCAGUGUCAGUCACAGUGCUGUGGAAACACCUGUGUUGCUGCCUGCUGAGCGCUAUGUGGUUACUCACUGUCAGCGAUGAAAAAAGGAAGGUGAUCCCCCAACUCUCCAUCCACAUUUAACCCUGCUGUACUAUGACGUCAGAAAAAAUAUCUGAAAAACACAUUGAUUUAAAACCUUUGAUUGGUGACAAAGGCCGCUUGAAAUUUCAGCAUCUGUGAAGGAAACUGUAGAGAGGCUGAUGUGCAUGUAAACGUCUAUAUGUUUGUGUGUGUGGCAGGGACACAGAGGGAGAGGAGAAAAUUGUGUUAGUAUGUGUUGGUGUGUAGGAGGAGGAGGAGGGGCACUAGCUGUGAAUGGUUGCUCUUAUCGCGUGCAUGCAGCUGCUGCAGUGUCUUUGAGAGACAGAGGGGCUGUCCAUGCAUGCCACUCACAGCCUCUCUCUCUCUUUCUAUCCCUGCGUGUGCUGCAUUUUACAGCAAGCGAGUGAAAGAAAGAGGUGGAAAAAAUCAUGACUUCAGCUUUAAUGAAGACCUGUGACACGCAGGUCUUCAGUUUCAUAUCCUCGUGAUGAUUCCUAUAAUAAGAGACAGGCAAGAAAUGAAAUGUCACUGGACAUCACCACAUCACCUCGAUUGACAUCUGGUUGUUUCUUGCAUUGUUGACACAGACAUUUU